CGACAACCAAUGAACAAUUCAAUUUUACUACACGGAGUUCUCAAUCUAUAUUAUUUAGGGUUCGUGAGUAUUCGUAACUAAAGACUCAUGAAUUGGCGCGCAGCGUCUUAUUCUGCGUGUUUUCUAUAUUACAUCGUGCAAAUGGUGGCUUUCGUGAUGUUUUGUUCAAUGUUUCUUUGUUCAAAUUAACCAGUCUUUAUUGUACGUCGUGUUUAACAGAAAUAAAGACAGGAUUUGGUUUACUUUUUGACUUGAUAAAGUUUAUCAUCAAAAUGGUGAAGCUUCACAAGAAAUUUUUUGCGGGUGACAAAGUUUUCGCAAAAGUUCGAGGUUAUCCACCGUGGCCAGCAAAAAGCUGUAUGCAAAGUGGAAGAGUUAUACACUUAUAUAGAAAAUAAAGCAAAAUUUGGCAAACCACUCAGAAGGAAGUUUUUUCAUGAAGGUUUAAUACAAUUAGAGCAAGAACUUAAAAAUGACCGAAAUAAAGCAUCAAAUCUUGAUGAUCUUAAAGAAGCUGGAAUUGGUGAUGAAGCAGCUAAGGAAGGUGAUACAAAUUUACCAACAGUCAGUGCUGCAGACAGCGAUAUAGAAACAGGCCUUGUUAUUGAGGAGCAGAAAAAGAAACCUAUGAAGAGGAAGACCUUUUCUGCUGCAGAUAGACCUGAGGUAAAAAAGAGACGUGGAAAAGCGAAGUCUCUAUCUGCAUCUACAAGUGAUUCAGUGAGACAAGAAGCAUUAGAUUCUCAAGGAGAGGAAUCACCAAAAGAAGUUGUAAGUCGUAGCGGUAGAAAAAUUAAACCCAAACGGUUUGCUGAUUUUUCAAGCUCAGAAGAGACAGAUAACACAACAGAUAAAGGUAAAAAAAAUAAUUUAGAUGAAGCACCUAUAUUGGAAGGUACUGUGGUUUCUGGUACUACAUCAUCAGACACCCCUGGACGACUUCUGUUGGCUUUAACAUUUGCUGGUGAAUAUGUAGGAAUCAAAUUGGACAUGGAUAAACCAAAAUCUUUUGAAAGUGAAAAGGCCCAAAAACAAUGGGAUUGGUCCACUGCUAGAAAUGCCAUGAAAUUGAAAGCACAAUUAGAAAGUGGUGAAAUUUUACCAGAACAAGUAAAAGAUUAUUUGGAUUUUAAUGUACAUGUUCCAGACGAUGAGAAACGAUUGUUAUCAAAGGACGGAGCACUUCAUCGUAAAACGAAUAAACUAAGAUGGCUUCGUAUAGAAGCACAACUUUUACAGUUGGAUGCUCAAAUUAAAUCUAAUCUCGGAUUAGAUCGAGCAUAUCCCGAUAAGUGUUUACAAGCGAUGGAUGAUAUGUUAUCACUUUCAAUUGAUCCUUUAAUGUUGAAAAAACAUCCUCAUAUUGUGGGAACCGUUAAAAGGGCUAUGUUUACCAUACCCGAAGGGCAAUCAUUUUGGCAAUCGUUUUCGGAUCAAGUAGUCCAUUUUAAAGAGUUAACAAAGGAUAUGCCUGAAGAAAAAGUAUUUUCUUUAAUGUCUGAUCCCGCUUGCCCAGAUGCAGUUGUAUCAGAAGAUUCACCUGCUGAUGAAAGUGGUAAUCAUCCAGAUACAGAUACAUCUGUUGCAGUUAAAUCGGAAGUGCCUACAUGGAAUGAAACUCCAAAAGAAUCAGAGGCCAAGUAAUAUAAUAACUUUUUGUAUUUGACAAUAUGAAGAUCAUAAUUAAUUUUUUUUUUGUACUAAUGUAGUACGUUAUACUACGCGAGUGUCUUAAAGUUAAAAAAGAAUUAAUUAUUUCGCACUUGAAUAUCACUUUUGGAUAAAUUUUGGACACUAUAUUUUUUUGUUAUCAUGUCUCCUUUUCCUCGCAAUAUCUAUAAAUCAGGAAGCCCACUAUAUUGACAAACAGUUUUUACUCUGUUAAGAAUGUUAAAAAAAAUUUUUUAAUUAUAGAAUACUUAAGAUUUAG